ACUUUAAAACCAGAUAUGGCAAAUAGAAUUGAAUAUCUAACUCCACAAAUGAGUGGAAAUCCAAUGGAUUCUGGUGAUAAGGAAAGGAACAGGUUUUCUUAUGAAUUGAAAAUGUUGGAACAUUCCCAUUCAAAUCUUGUGACCGUAAAUCAAUGGUCCCUCCUCGACCAAGACUUAAUGUCUCUUGGAAAACCACUAAAGAUUUGGGUAUGGCUUGGGAGGACAUCCAUUUUUAGUGGUUCUGAACACAAUCAACUCGAAUGGAAGGUCCCACUUUAUUUCUGCUACGCCACGCCGGAAACCUUACAGCCUCUUUGGAUCUUUCACAAGCAACUGACGGAUCAAGUAAGACGGUUUUCUGGCGAACUCGGGUUCCUUCAUCAACACGUUACGACAGAGACUCCUGUUUCUUUGCCUCAACUCUUGAACGGAGUCUCUCCAGAGACGAUGACAACCGUCGGAUACAACAUCCCUCUGGAUCUGAUGGUCGAGAUCCUGCUGAGAUUGCCGGCGAAAUCUCUCGACAGAUUCAGAUUUGUGUCGAAGACAUGGUGUUCCGUCAUCCGUAGCCGACAAUUCGCCGACGCUUUCAUGUCUCUGUCUCUGUCUCGACCUCGUCUCCUCCUUAGUGUCAAUAACGAAGGGGACGAUCAAUUGAUGUUCUUCUGCUCACCUCAUCAAAGUUCGUCUUUUUCAUCAUCAUCGUCAAUGGUAACCGCGAAAAGCAACACUUUGACGAUUCCGAAAGUCAGAUCUGACGACUGCAUGUUCCAGAGUAAUUCUGUCCGUGGCUUCGUAUGUUGUUCCCUCCGGUGUCGUUUCGCGGUGUGUAAUCCAAACACAGGACAAGUCGUAGUCUUGCCCGAAGACUAUAAUCCGAUUUCUCAAAGUAAAGCACUUUACAUGUACUUGGGAUACGACCCAGUCAAGGACCAGUACAAGGUGUUGCGCCUGAAGAUGAAGACUUGCUCUGAUAAAGCUAUUUCACAUAGCGUAUGCACGUUGGGAGGUCAACUGUCUUCUUCCUCAUGGAGACGCAUCGAAAGUAAUAUCUCUUAUUAUUAUUGUGAAUACAAUGGGGUAUGCAUCGAUGGGGUUGUCUAUUACGAAGCUAGCUUGGAGCCAUGUGGUAACUAUGUGGUAGUGAGUAGUUUUGAUGUCGCGUCCGAGCAGCUUCGUCUCAUCAAAACACCUGAAAAGAUGGUAGCCUACCUGACAAACUACCUGGGGAAGUUAGCUGCGUAUGAUUACUCUAAAGAUGAUCGUAUAGUUUUGUGGGUUCUUGAUGAUGUUGAGAAUCAAGUUUGGUCCAAAAAGACUCUGGUCUUUUCUUCUUUUACCCAUUCGUUGUUCUUGAAACGAGGCCUGAACUUUGCGGGGAUGAGUGCUGCUGGAGAGAUCGUCUAUUGUCCACGGCGGUAUUCUGAUCCUAUGGAGCUUCUCAGUUACGAUGUAGAGAAGAAGGUGGAAAGAAGAGUUAGACUUGUAGUAGGAGGCAUUGGUGAUAGUUGUGAUGGCGCUUGUUUUACCUAUGCCUCUGUCUCAUGCUGCUUUGUGGACAAUAUUAUCUAUUUGUAG